AAAAUGACUGGCCGUGGAAAAGGAGGCAAAGGUCUUGGCAAAGGAGGCGCCAAGCGUCAUCGCAAGGUUCUACGUGAUAACAUUCAGGGAAUCACAAAACCCGCCAUUCGUCGCUUGGCUCGUCGUGGAGGUGUGAAACGAAUCUCCGGAUUGAUCUACGAGGAAACACGAGGAGUGCUGAAAGUGUUCCUGGAAAAUGUUAUCCGGGAUGCUGUCACCUACACUGAGCACGCCAAGCGGAAGACCGUUACGGCGAUGGAUGUCGUGUAUGCUCUAAAGCGUCAGGGACGCACUCUGUACGGUUUUGGUGGGUAAAUUUAACGAGCCACGUGGAUCCGGACGACGGAUAAUUUCAACAAAACGGCCCUUUUCAGGGCCACGAUCUUAUUUAUUUGAAGAGUAGAUACAACUAAGUUUUCUAACAACCCAAUUAGAUGUAAGUGAAAUAGAAGUUUUUGUGUAAUUCAGUUAGCAUGAAAUUCGUUCUCUGGACAUCGUAAACGAAGGGCAAUCGAGAGUUUUGUCAGCAAUCUAAUUUUCCCAUAAAAAUUAUAAUAAAAAUAAGUAAAUGUUCCUUAUUAGUGCUAUUUAGGAUCCACUGUGUAAGAUCGGGCUGUUUUUUAAAUAAAAUAAAUUGUGUAUUCGAUAAA